AGAUGAACUAAGAUUUGGCUUAAAAGUCUUGUUACCAGACCGUAAAACUUAAAAAAACGACUAUUACCUAGGUAGGUAGGUAUACAGUGUCAGUGCGUAUUCGCGCUGUUUUGUAUUUUAAUUUUAGGGAUUUUAUCAUAAAGUUACCUCGUUUUUUCUCGAGAGAAAUUCUGCCACUUACUAUGACAUAAUACAUACUUGAAGUUAUUUCUGUAAUCCCAUGCAAAUUAAGAUUCAAUGGACUCCUCAACAUAAACCCUCAGUAUAUGCUUCAUAAGAAGCUCAUAGUAUUAGCUACCAUCAAGGAAUUGAAUGGCGAUGUAUUAUUACGCCAGUAAACUGAAUGAAGCUUCAUGUAGUGGUUGCAAUAUAAAAGUGCCCCCAGCACCAACGGAGCCAGCACCAGUUCCCCCAACAUCCAGUAAUCAUGCUUCUCUAACUUCUGACCCAACUUUAUUACACGGCACUGGACUUUCAUACUAUGAUAAUGACGAUUAUUACUCAAUGGUGAGAGGUAAUAAGUUUAUGUCUGAAAACUCAUGUAAGCACAUAGUAAUGAAUGGUGGCAUUAAUUUUGUAGCUACUCAAAAAGUUGAAGGUCCACAGUUGUCUACAGUUCUUACUCCUGGUGUAAAGGCUAUUCCAAAUCAUCCCUACACAAAUUGCACUACUGAAAAAUCAGACAUAGAAUAUAGAGAUGGUCAAAUUGUGAGCGCCACAUUAGAUACACUGGUGGAAAUGCUUCGUCCUGGGGCAAGCAAAUCUUUCACGUUUACAUUUUUACUAUGUUCUCGACUCUACCUAAAACCUCAUGAAUUACUCAGCAAACUUUGUAAACUAUAUUUCAGAAACUAUGACAAAGUAGGAAAGGCAGAAGUCAAAGAUUUAGUCGAAAAAGAAUUGAAUGACAUGAUAGCUCUUGUGAGAGUGCUCCGUCAGUGGACAAGCAUGUUUCCUUAUGAUUUUCGUGAUGAUAGAGUAAUGGCCCUGGUUCGUAGUAUUACACAAAGAUGUGCAGCAGAACAUAUGGAAUCAGUUCGAGUUGAAAUGUCAACAACUUUAGAGAAAUUACUCGACAAACUAACAGCUUUAGAACAGUAUGAAGAGUCACUAGUGGAUAUAACUCAAGUGUCUUCACUGGAUCAGCUGUCUCAGGGCGACAUCCUGACACUCGGUCUAACCCCUGUCGAGCUGGCCAAUCAACUUACCAUAGUGGAGUUGCACAGACUAUCGUUUGUCGGUCCCGAAGAAUUCGUUCAGACAUUUGCUCCAAUCCAUCCACCGCAGUCCACGUCUGCCUGUAAAACUUCUAUAAGCCUACAUCAUAUCGAUACUAAGUGCACGAGAAAUCUAGAAGCGUACGCCGAUUGGUUCAACAGGCUGAGUUAUUUAGUUGCAACGGAUAUAUUGAAGGGAGUGAAGAGUAAAUACAGAGCUCGGGUGAUUGAACAGUGGGUGAUGACUGGAAGAGAAUGUUUUAAUCUUGGCAACUUUAAUUCUCUCAUGGCCAUAAUCAGUGCACUGAACAUGUCUCCGGUCAUGAGAUUGAAAAAAACCUGGAGUCGAACGUCAGCGGUUUGCGGUCAACAGUUGAGGCAGCUCGAAUUGUGCGUUGAACCUACAGGAAAUCAUGCGCGAUAUCGUGCGGCCCUGGCGGCUGCUCCUACUGAAACAGCCGUGCCGUUGCUUUCUGUUACGUGUAGAGACUUGCAUUUUGCUAAUCAGGGAUCCCCUUCCAGGUUGUCCGGUAAUCGCGUGAAUUUUGAAAAGUGCGCCCUGUUGAGUAAGCACGUUAGUACGCAGUUAGCUAGCAGACGGCUCACCACUGAUCAGUCACCGACACCCGCGCCUCCUUCACCUCACCCCUCUGUCUGGAGAUACCUCAACGACAGACCUACUCUCACCGAACCAGCAUUGGAAUUGGUAUCGUUUGAACGCGAGCCCCCUGUUGAUCAUCUGGAGAAAGAACGACUAAAACGUCUUCGCGGCUCGAGCUAAAAACUACAUUUUCUUUUAAAAGAAGAUGACAUAUAUUUUUUCGUACAUUUUACAGUAAAACUAGAUUCAGGAAAUACAAUAUAAUAAUUGAUUUUUAAUUUUUGAGAGGUUCUAAUUAAGAACAUAUGUAUUAUUAUUACACGUCUAUGUAAAGUAAAAUAAGUCGUAUAUAAUAAAUAUUGGCCGCCAUUGAUAGAUUAUAUAUAUUUUUAAAAGUUUAUAACUAGACAACUACGAAUAAAUAAUUAUUUAUUCGUAGCUAGACAAUCCAAAAUAGUCACUAUUAAAUUCAUCAGCUAGAUUAUCUCAUAAGUAAGUAAGACAUCCAAUUUAUAUUUAUUAAAAUAGCAAUAUAAAACAAAUAAAUAAAACAUUCUUAAAAAAGGCUACAUAAUACAACGCGCGGCGUAUUUAAUGUAAUUCGUGAAAAUAACUAAAACUAAUUACUACUUAAUUUUUAAAUUAUUAUAUGUCAGAGUGCAUUUGGUAAUUUUUAAUUGAGACUCAUUUCAGGUUGUUUUCGGUAUAACAUUAAUUUAUUUGAUAUAUUUUUAAAUCGGAUUAAGUUUUGAUCUUGUGAGGAGACAUUACAGAUUUGGUAGUCGCCGGAUGUCAUGAACAUAUCAUUAAGUCGAUUUUUAAAUCGAUUUUUCGGUCUUCAUCAAAACACCUUCGGAUUUUUUAAAUAAAAUUCAGUUCAUCUUCAGUUCAUGAACAAAAGUUGAAGUUAUUUUUCAUUUAAACGAACAAUAAAACUGGGCGUCAAGUCCAGAUAGUGAGAUAUUGAACUUAGGUUACAAGUGUAGUUUUUGUACUGUGCACAUUACUUCUUGUUUUGGUUGCCAUGUAAGCAACGACAACGUACGUGUUCUGACAUUUUGGUAUUGACGCUCAUUUGAUCCCGUCAUUCGAAUUCGUCGAUAUUUUUUUUGUCUCCAUUUCUCGCCGUCUUUAAUUUAGUACUGGCAUUACAUUUUUGGGCUAUAGUGAAUCGAUCGAGUUUUUCUUUUUUCACCACUACCAUGUUAUCAAAGGUUUUUUUUUUAUUGCUUAGGUGGUUGAACGAGCUCACAGGUGUUAAGUGGUUACUGGAGCCCGUAGACAUCCACAACGUAAAUGCGCCACCCACCUUGAGAUAUAAGUUCUAAGGUCUCAGCAUAGUUACAACGGCUGCCCCACCCUUCAAACCGAAACGCAUGCCGCUUCACGGCAGAAAUAGGCAGGGCGGUGGUACCCACCCGCGUGGACUCACAAUAGGUCCUACCACCGGUUAGUCGACUGCGCAGUCUGAACUAGCAGUGAACAAAGGCUUUAGAAGUUUUAUCAUCAUUAAACGCCAUUAGGAGUCUGCCAAAUAGUGCUAAUUAAUUUUAUCGAAUUAUGAAAUCAAAAAAAAAUUGCACUAUAUUCUCAAGAGACAUUGUAUUUGAAUUUUGUUAAUACAGAAAUAUGUAUAGGGAAAUUCAAACUCGGAAAGCGCACGUAUUUGGUCCUGUUUUUCUUGAGUCGAGGUUCGUACCUCCGUGGUUCCCGCGCAUAGGAGCGCAAAAUAUAAAAUAUGGGAUUCGGCGGCCGACACGUAUUUAGUCUUAAAAAAACCUUAUUUUAUAGUAUAAUUACAACUAGACCAAGUCUCAAAAACUUAAACUUAUUAUGUGCUUCUAGGUAUGUCUUAUUAUUUAAUUACUUCGUGACUGCCAAAACUGUAAUGUAAUUAAUUACCAUAUAAUGUUUUUUUAAGGAAAAAUAUUCUCAAAUUAGUUAUGUUUACAUACAGCUCCUGCAAACCUAAAAUAUAACUACAUUAUUAUAAACAUAAAAAUACGCAUCAUUCGUGCUCCAGUGGUAUAAAAAAGAUGUUCAGAUCAUCAAUGAGGCCAUUUAAAUUGUUAGUUCCUUACAUGACAGUAUUUAUUUUACACUAAAAAUCUCGCCAUAUUAAUACUCUUACAUACUAGAUAUGUAACUAUUUACUUUUAAUUUUUGUACGCUGAAAAUUGAUCUCAUUCAUUUUUUAAAUUUAUUUUAAAAUAUAGUUAAUGGACAUUAAAGUGGUUUGCGUUCACGAGAAAAUUGAAAUUCACCUAUUUUUUUUAUUUUUCUUUGUCUAUGGUGUAUUUUUGUAUUUUUUUCAGUAUUACAAGUAUCUUAAUAUUAUGUGUGUGGUGUGGUGAAUAUAUAAUUAGUUACUUGUGAAAAUAUAAUGUAAUCACAAAUCGCUUAGGAAAUAAGAAUGUGAAAUUAUUGACAUGCCGUAAUGGCUGAGUCGUUCACGACUAUAAUAAAAGUUAACAUAAUAUAUUACUUAAAAAAUGCUCUCUAUUUACUAGCGUUUAUUAUUGGGAAGGGCCACAUAAUUAACUAUUAUUUGCUCUAUUGAAUUUUACGUUGAAACGUUGCAUGUUCAGUGGAAAUUGUAUUACACUUUGUGUGAUAUUUGAACUUAAUAAACACAAUUGGUUUCUGUUAAUGAGUAUUUGCAAUAAUAGUACAAUGAAAAAAAUGGGUCCAAAAACUUACUCAUAUAGGAUAGAAAUCUUGCAAAUGUUUUCGAAGUUUUGAUGUCUUGGAAUCGAUUUGAGUGUGAAUUUAGUAAUUAAUUUGACAGGAUCAGAGUUACGCAAUUCCAUUAACGAAGAUUUGUCUAAUAUAUAUGCAUGUAUAAUAUAUAUAAUAUAAUAUUAUUCAAUUAACAAUACUGCAAUAACAUACGCAUAUUUCGUGUUAUAUAUUCGAAAGAAAAAAAAGUACAUGAAAAGUUAUUACUACAUAACUUUUUAUUUUUAAAUAUGUGCAAUUUAUUUGCGCUUAUGUAUAUCGCGGAUGUUUGCGGGCAAUAAUAUUAAACAUUAAUAUGAGCAAUAAUCUGAAUUAUUACGCAAUUUGAAUAUCAUAUCAAAUGUUUCGUUGUUGUAACGGAUAGCUUGUAUUUUUGUAAUGUUUAUACGCGUCAUAACGUGGAUAAGUUGGUGUCAGAUUAGGGAAUAUAUUAUUAGUAUUUAUUAGUACAUACAUACACAUACGUAUAUUAUUUAAUUUAUCGUAUGACGUAACAAACUGAUGUUGGAAGACAGCGAAAAAAUCACUGCCACUAAAAAAAAAUUAUCUCAAUCCAAACUAAGUUGUAGUACAAUGUCUAUUGAAUGUUCAAAUUAUAAUUUGAUUGUAUUUUAAUUAUUUUAAUGUUAUUGUUUUGUUCAAUUAAAAUUAUUUUUAAGACAAAAAACGGAAGCUAGACUACCUUACCACCGACUAGGUAUUUUGUUUUAUUUAUUGUUAUUUUUUAAGUUAGUUUUUACGAAUUUACUUUUGAACUACAAACGCAAUUUAUGUACUUAAUAACUUAUUUCCUUUAAAUUUAAUGUAUUAAAAAAAUUAGUCUGUAUUGUAUUUUAAUAUUAAUUUUGUAAUGCUUUAAUAUAAAAUUUUGAUGCCAUUAUAGACUUAUCAUGAAUCUCAAGAAUAAAAUGAUUAAAAUUAACAAUUAAUAUUCGUUCUGUGCAUUUAGUUUUAUAUGUCGUUCCAAUUUAUUCAUUUUCGGUUUGCACUUUAACAACGCUACAUCUUAGUUUGAUUUCGAAAAAAAAAAAACUUGAAAUUUCGUUACAUUAUAGAGAUCAUGUAAGUAUAUUAUAUCAAUUACAAAGACUUAUCGAUAAGUGAAUAAUCAUUGAUGUCUAUUUAUUCAUAAAAAAAAGAGAUUGUUACGCAUUGUUACCUGACAACAUUCCACGUAUCAGACUGAGUGUAUUUGUAUUUAUUGUGUGAAAAAAUAUAAGAAAAGACUAUAAUGUAAUAACAGUAUUGGCUGCUUUAAUUGUUAUAGUGAUUCAUAUAUAAAAUUAUAUUCAAUAGCGUACAUGUUAAAAUAAUAGAAAUAUAUAGAAAAACACAAUUUCGUGAGCCUUUAAGUAAUCAAUGACAAUAACGCAGCAUUCUCAUCGAGCGUUCAUACGUGAAGUUCCGAAGUGUUCUCAUAGUCAGCAACGUCACGUGACUACCUCCAGAACUUACUGAGAUAGUAUCGAAACAACUGAAGAACCAUCAAUGUGUUUAUUUGACUUGCAGCAUUUGGCUAGCUAUUAUAUCGGUCCUAGGUAAUGUAAGUUAGACGGGAUCCCGGCGAUUCGUGUUAUUAUUGUUGCUGAUUAUAUUGCUAAUGCAAUUUUAUAUAUAAAAUUUUAACGAAAUAUUUUGUACGUCGUUUGUAAAAUUUUAAAAUGUUUCAAUGGAGCUAUUGAAUUUUUAAUUCUAAUUAUCUAUCCUGUGAUACGUGAUCCUCGAUGUCUACGACUAACAUUCCUCGUCUGUUCUAUCUAUCGUUGUGCUCAUUUUAAAUUUUUAUUCAUCACCUAUAAUGUAUUACUUCAUAGUAGCUCAAAUUAUCAAUUUCAACUUGUCAUUUAAAAAAAAAAAAACCUAAAUGUCACGAAUUCUAAAAUUAAUUUAAAUUGAAUUUUGAAACGGAAUAUCUAAAACUAAGAAAUAAUUAUCGUGUAAAUUGGAAUAAAUAAUAAUUGUUGUA